AUGAAAGAAGAUCACAAGAAAAUCAGUCUGGGGCUCCUGUACAGUUGCUCGGGAAGAGACCUUUGUAUGAAAAAAGAACGCCCGCGAAAAAAAUCCGAACCGGCAUUGAAGGAGCAAAGUGCCAUUUUCGAAGCCGUAGACGCCGUCAAAAAACAGGUAGCUAAUAUUCAAAGCAUGGACAAAUACACGCACUUUGGUAACUUUGUGGCGGAAACUCUGCGUGGUAUGCCUGAUGACGCUUCCGACGAAAAAAUAAACGUUAUAAUGACAACGCUUAUUUCAAAGAUCCAAUACGUAGACUAUGAAGGGAUGCAACAAAACGCUUCCGAUGCGUCAUCUUAG